GCAUGGUACUGACCUGGCAGGAUCCACUUUGGGAUAAGGAUUCCAAAAGAGCAAGAGGUACCGGGAAGCACCUGUUAUCUGCACAGACCCCUUUGCCUGCUACUGCCCCACAGGGAACAGGUCAGCGGAAUGUUUUCCUUCCUCCCUACCCCAUUUUCCUCUCCUCCAGCAGCUGCUCCGUUCCUCCCGCCCUCUCCCAGUGACUGCAGUGCCCUCCCCAGGUCAUGCAUCAUCUGCGCUGCAGUCCCUUCCACAUCCCCUGCAGAACAGCCCUACCCUACCACCUCCCUCUCCCACCCCACGAUUUCCACCGCCCUCCUCCCCUGCAUAUCUCACUCCACCCCACUGAAUUCUUCCCACUGCAGGGAGCUGCUGAGGACCCACAUGGUCCAUCCCUGGAUUUUCCAAGCACUGACUCUCCAUCCUCUCUGACCACAGCCAGGGGACACAUGCCACUGCCUGCCCAGCGUCCAUCCAUGGAGGUGACCACUGUGUCCCCAUCUCCUGCCCACUCAUCCACUGAGGGAGAUGAUCUCUGUGAGACAGAUGUCACCAGAGUGGCCAUACACAGUGUGACACUGCUCAUCUGCCUCUGUGGGCUUGCUGGGAACGGGGCUGUCAUCUGGGUCCUCGGGUUCCACAUCCAGAGGAACACUCUGAAACCCAUCACUGCCUACACCUUUGACCUGGCCAUCAUCAACUUCCUCUUCCUCAUCUUCAUGGUCCCCUCCACUCUGCUCUUCCUGCUGGAGGAUUUCUCCUGCUCUGCCAUCAUGCCCCCACCAUCCAUACGCUGCCUUUUCCUCCUCUUUGUGAUGUUCCACACCGUAGGGCUGUACCAGCUGACAGCCAUCAGCAUUGAGAGGUGCAGGUCCCUCCUCUGCCCACCUGGGCUCUUCUGCCACCUUUCCCAGGACCUCUCAUGGGUGGUGGUGAGUGCCGUGCUCUGGGCCCUUUCCAUCACUGCCAUCGCUGCCAUUUCUGUGGUGACUUCCCUGUGCCAGUCACAGGAACACAAGCUCUGCGGGGGGGCUCUCAUCUCCCUGUACAUCCUCAACUUCCUCGUCUUUGCUCCAUCCAUGGUCAUCUCCAGCACAAUCCUCUUCAUUCAUUUCUAGGGUAGCUCCCAGCAGCAGCAAUCCAAGGGGCUCUACAUCAUUGUCUUCCUCACUGUGCUCCUCACUCUCCCCCUCAGUCUCUGGAAUUUCCUGCAGCAGCUUGGCUUCCUCACUGUGUCCCCCCAGGUUGUUCUCCUGUUUGCCUGCAUGCACAGCAGCAUCAACCCCUUCAUCCACAUCUCAGUAACAAAGUGCUGGAGGCGCUGCUCCAUGGAGUCCCUCAGGGAGUGCCUCCAGAAAGUCUUUGAGGAGCCAGGAGGGAGCAGUGCCCCCAGUAAUGAUGCCACCAGGGACACAGGGGGAGCUGCUGAGGAGCCACAUGGUCCACCCCUGGAUUCUCCAAGCACUGACUCCCCAUCCACUCUGACCACAGCCAGAGGCCACAUCCCACUGCCUGCCCAGCAUCCAUCCAUGGAGGUGAGCACCAUGACCCCUCUUUUAAGUAGAGCAGCUGAUGGACCUGGUCAGUGUGAGAUCAAUGUCUCCAGCAUGGCCAUGCACUUUGUGACACUGCUCGUUGGCCUCUCUGGGCUGGCUGGGAAUGGGGCUUUCCUCUGGCUCCUCCAAAUUAAUGCCAUCACUGACUUCAUCUUCAACCAGGCCAUCACCGACUUCCUCUUCCUCAUCUUCAUGGUCCCCUCCACCCUUGUCUUCCUUGUGGAGGAAGUGUCCUGCUCUGCUAUAAUGGCCCCAAUGUAUAUGAGCCUGCUUUUCCAGUUGUCGCUGUUCGCCUACAACAUGGGGCUGUACCGCCUGACAUUCAUCAGCAUCGAGAGGUGCAGGUCCAUCCUCUGCCUGGUAUUCUGUGGUUGCCAAUUUCCUGAGCGCCUGCUGUGGGUGUUGAUGAGUGUCCUGUUCUGGGCCUUUCUCUUUGUUGUCAUCGCUGUCAAUCCCAUGGUGACUUCCCAGUGCCAGUCACAUGAGCAGGAGCAAUGCCAGGUGGCUCUCACCUCCAUGUACGCCCUCAACCUCUUCCUAUUUGCUGCACCCAUGGUCAUUUCCAGCACAAUCCUCUUCAUUCAUCUCAAGCCUGGCUCCCAGCAGCAGCACAAGAGGCUUGACAUCGUUAUCUUCCUUGUUGCACUCUUCAGUCUGCCCCUCAGUGUCUGGUCUCUCCUGCAGCAGCUCGGUUACACGGCUGUGCCCUCCCAGGUGGUUUUCCUGCUCACCUGCAUCACCAGCAGCAUCAAACCCUUCAUCUACUUCUUGGUGGGAAGCUGGAAGAGAGACUGCUCCAUGGGGAGCUGCUGGAGACAGUGCUCCAUGGAGAGCUGCAGGAAGCACUCCUCCAGGCAGUCCCUAAGGAAGGCGAUCCACAGGGUGUUUGAGGAGCCAGAAGAAAACACUGCCAGUGGAGAUGAUCCCUCUGUGGACACAGUGCUCUGAGCCUGUUGAUCCCUUCCACUGCACUGCUGAGGAACCCUGGAACAGUGGCUGAGAGAUUCCUUGAGUCUCCUGAUCAAUAAAUCCCCACAGGGUCACCCUCCCUGUGCUGGUGCAUCCCCAGCCCCUUUCCAGCCCGCUCUGGGCUCUGAUCCGUGCUUGGGAGGCCUCAGCCUUGAGGAGCAGCCCCUGGGCUCAGCUCCUGUGGCGCUGAUCAGAAACACCCUCUGCUCCCAGGAGCUGCUGCUGUCCAACCACCUCCUGGGGUUUUAUCCACAGCCUUGGAAAGUACUGUGCUCCCCUGAAUGCCACAGCAUCCCUGCUCUCCCACUGUCACGGGAGCUGCCAGCCCCAAGUGUGGCCAGGGUGAAACAUGGCUGAGAGUGACGCCCAUCCCUUGGGGCCCUGGGAGCAGCGGCCCAAAAGGAGACCCUUGGAGCUCUCCUGGCCCAGCAGCGCUGAGCAGAAGCUCCCUGGCUCUGGGGCCUCUCCGGGCUGGGAUCUCUCCGUCUGCUGCCCUCGGCUGAUCCCCGAACGCCGACGGCUCCUGGGCCCAUCCCCCCAGGGCUCGAGGCCCAGCCCUUGGCACAGGGAGGAGAUGCCAAGGGAUCCACAGGGAGCGUUUGCCCCUAAACCACGGCAGACCUCUUACUCUGUUUCUGCAUUGGCUCCAGCCACGUUUUUCAUCCUCUGUUCUCCGGUGGAGCACAUUGGAACUAUGCUUUCCUCCCCCCUCCUGUAUCCUAGAACCCUAUGGCCAGGAGGAGCAGAGACACUGCCAGGGGUCCCUGGUGGAGUGGGGCAGGAUUGGGGUUGUUGAGGGGGAAAGAGGGCCCCAGGGACGGUCUGGGGUUUUGGAGGUGAUUUCAGACGGGUCAGGAGAGAGUCAGAGGGGGUAGGAGGGGAUCUGGAUCUGGCAAUCCCAAAUCACCCACUGGAGAGCAGAGCCUGACAGGCUGCACUUGUAGCGGAGGAAUGGUUGUGUCUCGGAAAGCUCUGGGAUGUGAUAGGAUGGGGUGAGGAUGGAGAUGGGAUGGGGAGAGGAUAGGGAGCCACUGAGCUCUGCUUCCUUUGGCCCUGUGAAUGUUUGGCAAUGAUCAUGGAGCUGUUCCCAGAAUGGGAGCUGUUUCUGACAAGCAGACAGAUCCUUAGGCAGCACUGCCAGCAUUCCAGUGUCACCAGCAUCACCAGCAUCCCUCUGCUGCUGGAGGAACAAUGACCCCUCAGGGAAGGGAAACGAGGAAUGGUAGAAACCUUCCAGGUGAGGGAAUGCAGUUGAAGAAUGGGACACUCUCCUGGGAAGGAGUGUUUCUAAUUAGGGGGAAAUGAGGAGCCAUUCACAAAUGUUAUAAACAGGUGCUAUAGUGAUUGACCCUCGCAAGUGCUGAAUGAAUAUUACCUGUGUUAUAAUGGUAAAAGAAGCUCUAUUGAGAUUUAGAGUUUUUCUAAUGUGAGUACUGUGUUCAUGUCGAAAGUUGUAACGCUGAUCUCUGACCAUUGUGGGCAGUCACAGCCCGAAGCGCUGCACAAACUCCAGGAAGGCGGGACGGAGGCGGAGCUGUGUUGGAAAAGGAGAAUGUGUCUGAAUGUGGGGGAAGGAUUACUGGCGGGUGGCUGACCAAGAGGGUACAAAGCCAGUUUCUGUUUUGAGCAGUGUGCCUCUGGACCUUAUUUUGUCCAGUGUUGUAGUUUAAUAAACUUUUUAAAAUUUUACAAA